UUCAAUUAUUUCCAUUAAUUUUACCACCAGUAGGUAAUUGCUUUGUUAUCAUGUUUCUGAGACCCACUGGGAAACUCCUUGCCAUAAACAAACAUGGAUGUGCCGUCAUUACACAAAGGUUAAACUCGUGGUGGAGCCAGGUCCAGAUGGGCCCUCCUGACCCCAUUCUGGGUAUAACUGAAGCCUACAAACGCGAUACCAACCCCAACAAGGUUAAUGUAGGAGUGGGAGCUUACAGGGACGACAACGGCAAGCCGUUCCUGCUUCCUAGUGUACUCAAGGCUGAGAAAAUAAUGAUGUCACAGAAUUUGGAUAAAGAGUACCUCCCUAUUUCUGGGCACGCCGAGUUCUGCAGACUCGCCAUUUGCUUAGCUCUUGGAGAAGGUUCCGAGGUACUGAUUAACGGGUUAAACGCUACUGCGCAGAGCCUUUCCGGCACGGGUGCACUAAGAAUGGGGAAUGACUUUCUCAAACGUUUCUUCCCAGGUAACAAGAUUGUGUACUUACCCAAACCUUCAUGGGGCAACCACACCCCGAUUUGCAAGUUUGCCGGGUUGGAUGUGGGGGCUUACACGUACUAUGACCCAGAAUGCUACGGGUUAGACUUCGAUGGCGCCCUCUGCGACAUUUCCAAAAUCCCAGAGAAAUCCAUCAUCUUGUUGCACCCGUGCGCCCACAACCCCACGGGCGUCGAUCCCUCCCUCGAGCAGUGGAAAGAGCUCUCCCAGCUCAUCAAAAAACGCAACCUCCUCCCCUUUUUCGACAUGGCUUACCAGGGCUUCGCCUCCGGGGACAUCGACAGGGACGCCCAAGCCGUGCGUCUCUUCCUCAAGGAUGGCCACAAGAUAAUGCUAGCGCAAAGCUUCUCCAAGAACAUGGGCUUGUACGGCGAGAGGAUAGGCGCUUUCACCGUCGUGACUGAUAGCCAGGAAGAGGCGGCCAAAGUGAUGUCCCAGAUCAAGAUUUUGAUUCGUUCCAUGUAUUCGAACCCGCCACUCCACGGCGCGCGAAUCGUGGCCACCAUCCUGGGCGACUCGGACUUGCGCGCUGAGUGGCUGAAAGACGUGAAGGGGAUGGCCGAUCGCGUUAUUUGGGUACGGGCGAAGCUGAAGGAAAACCUGAAGAAGGCGGGGUCGACGAAGAACUGGGAUCACAUCACCAACCAGAUCGGGAUGUUCUGCUACACGGGGAUGACGCCCCCACAGGUGGAGAAGCUCAUCAAGGAGCAUAGCGUGUUCUUGACGAAAGAUGGGAGGAUUUCGGUGGUGGGGGUCACUUCCAAGAAUGUGGAGUACCUGGCUCGUGCCAUGCAUGAAGUUACCAAAUAA